CUUAAUUGUUUACUAAAUUCACAAUAUAUUGAUUUUUUGAUUAAAAAAUUUAAAGGUCCUUGUCACAAUUCUUCGUAUAAAUUACUCGAUUAUUUUGGUAAUCUUAGGCAUAAAUCAAGAUAUAUAUCCACAAUUAAAGAUAUUAAAAUAGAUUAAAAUAACUAAAAAACAUGAGUUUGCAAUGGACUUUAAUAGCUGGAUUUUUAUAUGUUGAAAUUUUAGUAGUUUUAUUAUUAUUAUUACCAAUUAUUUCACCUUUAACAUGGCAAAGGUUUUUUAAAUCUAAAUUUUUAAAAAGAUUAACUAAUCAAGGAACGUUUUUUUUUUUACUUUUACUUGGAAUAUUAGUUUUGUUUUUAUUAGAUGCUAUUAGAGAAAUGCGAAAAUAUUCUACAAAUACUGAACAUAAAGAAUAUCAUUUGGAUACUGAAAUGCAAGGUAAUAUGAGAUUAUUUAGAGCGCAACGAAAUUUUUAUAUAUGUGGUUUUGCAUUAUUUUUAAGUCUUGUUAUACGACGUCUUGUUACUUUAAUUUCUGCACAAGCUAUUUUAUUAGCACAAAAUGAAGCAGCUAUGCGACAAGCUCAAUCUGCAACUACAACAGCAAAACAUUUACUAUCACAAAAAGCAGAAAAUGCACAGAAUGACUUUAAUGAAGCUCACAAUGAAGAGAUAGCAGAAUGGAAAAGUCAAAUUAAAGAAUUACAAACAAAAAAUAAAGAAUUAGAAGAUCAGGUUAUAAAAGAAAAGAAAGAUAAAGAAACCAUUAAAUCACAAGCUGAAUCUCUUGCUAAAGAAUAUGAUCGAUUAAAUGAUGAACAUAGCAAAUGUCUUCAAUCAAGCGGUGAUAAAAAAAGUGAUUAAAUGAUAUUUAAUUUUUUGUUUUUCUCUUAAUCUUUUGUCAUUUAUUAUUUUAUUAUAUGAAAUUUUGUUGCAAUUCAUAUUUAAUAUUAUAUAAUAUUAUGUUAUAAUUAGA